AGUCAGCUGCUCUUUUCUCCUCGCAGACUUUGAGACCACCCAACCCUUCUUCUUUGACUAGAAAUUGGUUUUCCAGAGCCGGGUCGACCUCGAUGAAGGUCUUGUGGACGUUGACCCUUCUUCUAGGGGUCAGCGCCGCCGCUGACCUCACUGCCAUCGUCAUCAACAGCCAGUUGGGCGAAAAGUACCUGCAAGAGGUUAAUUCUACUGCGGAGAUUAUUUUCCUCUUCUCCAAUGUCAGUCAGGUAUCCUCAAAGUCUCCAGCGAGAAUCAGUGUUGAGAGCAAAGAGGCCAACUACGAAUCUCCUGUGCUUGUGGUUGUCAGACAGCAAAGGGGAGUCUUGUCCUGGCAAAUUCCGUAUGCCACUGAAAGAGGAUCAUACACUUUGGUCUCUCGAACACUUUGUCCAUCUAGUUUAUUUGAAGUGGUGACUGGAGAUGGCUCUCAAGAGAAUCUAAUAGUCAGUGUUUCAUCGUCCAGCCACAAAAAUGUAAACUUUACAGUGUCCGUGGAUAUUGAGGUGGGCUUUGAGUUUGGUCUGGAUGAUGAGAGGAACACCACAGUUUCUCCAUCGCAGCCUCGAUUCUUCAGUUUCGUUUUUCCUGACAAAGUAAAUACCAUUUUACUGGAGGCAGAGAGUUCAGACAGUAACUGCAUGACCAUCUCACUUCAAGAGCGAACAUGCCCUGUUUAUGAUUUAGAAGGAACGGUAAACUUUGAAGGCUCAUGGCAAACCAUGACCAAAAAAGGAGGAAUCACCUUAACCAGAGAUAAGUUUCCCAAUGGAUUUUUCCUGGUCCUGGUGGUGCAUGGCGAUGACUCGGCUUGUCUGACAAACACCCCUUUGGAGGCACCGUCCAGACACAAAAGUGUUUCUUUCAGUUUGAGAAAGAAAAUUUCUUAUGACGAAUACUUGGUUGCAACAUUUGGAGCGUUUGGCGUUUUUGCUGUGUUCUACGUCAUAGCUUAUGUUGUGGCUGUAUUGCACCAAAUGAGUCGUCGAAGACGAAGAGAAGCAGCUGCUAACAGUGCAGGGGAGUGUCUCCUUGAAACUCAUGCAGAGCAGGAAACGGACGUUGACCCAAAAAGCAGGGAAGAAAAGUUGAGAAGGAAAGUCAAUGCCGGGGAGUCUGUUUUUGUGAGCGAUAUGUCAAGAUCAGGUAGCGUUGAGCUUCGAAGAUCUGCUCAAAAGUAUUUGUGGAAUAUUCUCACCGUCGCUACAUUUUACGGUCUGCCUGUGGUACAAUUAGUCAUCACUUAUCAGCGAGUCCUCAACAACACCGGGAAUCAGGAUUUGUGUUUCUACAAUUUUCUCUGCUCGCACCCAGUGUCUGUUUUGUCAGACUUCAACCAUGUUUUCUCGAACUUAGGCUACGGGCUAUUGGGGCUUUUAUUUGUGAUGCUUGUUUUUCGAAGGGAGAGACGCCACCUGAAGGCUGUGGCCCUCAACCCUGCUCUCGACUCGGCCCUCGGCCUACCUCAGCAGUUUGGACUGUUUUAUGCAUUAGGAGCAGCAUUGAUUGCCGAAGGGGUGCUCAGCGCCUGCUACCAUGUCUGCCCAAACCAGACCAACUUCCAAUUCGACACGAGCUUCAUGUAUGUCAUUGCUAUGAUGUGCAUGCUGCGCAUAUACCAGAACAGACACCCUGAUAUUCACGCCAGCGCCUACACCACCUUUGCCCUCCUGGCUGUGGUCAUCCUGAUUGGAAUGUGCGGCGUCCUGACCGGCACCAUCGUCUUCUGGAGCAUUUUCACCACGGCCCACUUGACCUUGUGCCUCUUGCUGAGUGCCCAGGUGUACUUCAUGGGUUGCUGGAGCUUUGACCUGGGAAUCCCUGCCAGGGUAUGGGCGGCCUACACCCAGCCAGGCCUUACCUGCAAGGCUAGGUUCCUCCCCGUCUACCCUAAAAGGAUGGCCCUGCUCAUUUUAGGAAUUCUGGUGAAUGUGGGCCUGAGCGUGGUGGGCCUGGUGUACAGGCCAAAAAACUUUGCCAGCUUCCUGCUUGCCAUCUUUAUGGCCAACUUGAACAUCUACUGUUGGUUUUACAUCAUCAUGAAGCUGGUGCACCGAGAGCGAAUCAGCUGGCCGUCGCUUUUCCACAUUUUGGCCUCUUUUGUCCUUUGGGGUCUGUCCCUCUUCUACUUUUUCCAUCGCAACAUAUCCUGGCAGGAGACACCCGCGCUCUCCAGGACUUACAACCACCCCUGCGACCUUCUUGAUUUCUAUGACUACCACGACGUGUGGCACUUUCUCUCGGCAGCCAGCAUGUUCUUUUCAUUUAUGGUGUUGCUGACUCUAGACGAUGACCUACGAUUGGUACCCAGGACGCAGAUUAGCGUUUUCUAAAAAUGUGAUGCUUCAGCCCUAGUCGACUGCACCUUUCAAGCCUUUUUUUUAUAAAUAAAUCCUAGAAAUAGUUGCUUCACAUAUUAAUAAAUCAUGUGAAGUUUUUUACCUUUUGAUUGACCAAAAGUAAUAACUUUUAGAAGUUUAUGAUGUAUCGAUAUGUUUAAAAUAAGCCAUUUAGCAUAUAAGAUAAAGUAUGAACAAAAACCAAAUGGUAACCUAUGUGAGGCUCUGGUCAAAUAAUGGAAUUAUUUUGUCUUUUAGUAAAAAUUAAUUUGCAAUUUACUUCGAUAUCUGCAGACAAGAUGUCGUGAUUUAAGUGAAAUAAAGGAAAUGUAAAGUCUACUUAAAUUGCAAUAUAUAGUUUGCUUUAUA